CAGGUGUUCUUCGACCUGCGGAUCGGCGAGGAGGAUGUGGGCCGCGUCGUCAUUGGGCUCUUUGGCAAGACGGUGCCCAAGACAGUGGAAAACUUUGUGGCAUUGGCCACCGGAGAGAAAGGAUUUGGCUUCAAGGGCAGCAAGUUCCACCGUGUCAUCAAGGACUUCAUGAUUCAGGGAGGAGACUUCACCCGUGGAGAUGGCACUGGAGGAAAAAGUAUUUAUGGGGAUCGCUUCCCUGACGAGAACUUCAAGCUGAAGCACUAUGGCCCUGGCUGGGUGAGCAUGGCCAACGCCGGCAAGGACACCAAUGGUUCCCAGUUCUUCAUCACCACAGUGAAGACGCCAUGGCUGGACGGCAAGCACGUGGUGUUCGGCAAAGUGCUGGAGGGCAUGGACGUGGUGAGGAAGGUGGAGAACACUAAGACAGACAGCCGGGACAAGCCCCUGAAGGAUGUUGCUAUUGCUGACUGUGGCACCAUCGAGGUGGAGAAGCCAUUUGCCAUUGCCAAAGAGUAA